UCUCCACGUCUCCCUCCCUCCUUGCCAAGCUUCGGAACCGCCCGAAUCCCGAGAGCCGGGCUCCUUAUUCCACCUCUCCCUGGGAAAAAAUAAAAUAAAAAAAAAUAAAUAAAUAAAAAAAUGGGUUCCAGGCUGCUUCCAGAGAUGCGUUUGUGUAAAAAGAUCUUCGCUGCAGCCCUGUGUGUGCUGGCUGUGCUGCCGGAGCCGGGCUGCGCCAGGACCCUCUGGAAACGCGCUCUGCUGAAAAUGACGGAGAAAUACGAUGAUUAUGAAUACCCUCUUCAUUCUCACAGCUCCCAGCAGCAGAAGAACGACCGGUGCCCUCCGCCGCCGCAGAGCCUGCCGGAGCGCGCCUGCGAGGUGCCCAGCUGCCGCUCGGACUCCGAGUGCGAGCGCCACAAACGCUGCUGCUACAACGGCUGCAUCUACGCCUGCCUCGAGUCCGUGCAGCCCCCGCCAGUCUUGGACUGGCUGGUUCAGCCCAAACCGCGCUGGCUGGGAGGAAACGGGUGGCUUUUGGAUGGCCCAGAGGAAGUCUUACAAGCCGAAGCCUGCAGCACCACGGAGGACGGGGACGAGCCCCUGCACUGCCCCACGGGCUACGAGUGCCACAUCAUCAACCCUGGCAACACGGCCGAGGGCAUCCCCAACAGGGGCCAGUGCAUCAAGCAGAGGGGAAACCCAGAUGGACAUAGCCUGAGGCAUAAGUAUUACAAGGAAUAUUUUGGGAGCAAUUCCAACAAUUUGGUCGGCUAUGUGAAAAACCAGCAGAAGCAUUUAGGCUAA